AAAGACAGCCAAACCCUCUAUCUAUCUUCUCUCACUUUCAAAUUUAAAACCAGAAAAAUUGGUUCCUUUCCUCCUCAUCUUCACUGGUUUUUAAAUUUAACUCAGCUGUCCUAUCCUACUAACCAGUGAGUGGGUGACCAUCAUCAUCAAUUAGCUCUAAUUCUGAAAGACAAGAAAAAUGCAUGUUUCAGAGAUACUUUCUCCUCUGGAGGAAGAAGAAGAUUCGGGCCAAGGCUUUCGUUUUGACAAGUCUCUCCAGGAACUGAGAGAUUUGCGGUCUCAGCUUCAUUACGCCGCUGAUUACUGUGAAACAACGUUUUUGAACUCUAAGGAGAAGAGAAGUGUGGUGGAAAACACAAGAGAGUACAUAUGCAAGGCAGUCGUUACCGUUGUUGAUCAUCUGGGAAACGUCUCUGCUAAUCUAAAUCACUCCAUUUCCGAGACUGAUUCAUUUUCUGAGGCUGAGCUCCGCAUUAAUUGCCUCCAACAAAGACUUCUCUCGUGCGAGCAAUUUGCUCACAAGCUUGCUCUAACCAGAGUCAAAUGGAACCCAAUUUUGCCAACACAUCACCGGCGAUAUUUAUCUGCACCAGCAACAGCAACUGUGGAGAAAUCAAAAGAAAACCCAACGAUCUCCAUUGCUGCUAGUCCUGCAGAGCUCGUAAACAAGCAUGAACUUGACACUGGUGGAGUUCCACUUUUCUCCUUCACUUGUACAUACAAGCCUUCACUGUCCAAGAGUCCAUCUCUCAAAUCUAAUUUGGACGAAAGUGAUUCUGAUUCAACAUUGGUACCUGUUCGUGAUGGCCUCUCGAUACUAUCAAAGAGUUCAAAUCCUACAUUCCAUUUCCAGCAACGAGAUAAAAAACACGGACGCAAAGGCUUGUAUAGGAAAGCAUUGACGAGUGGUGAUAUCUUAGCUUUUAUUCGACGGACAAGAAGAUCAGCUGCUUGAUAAAAAAAAGGGCAAAAUCUGCGUAUUAGUGACUAAAUUUCUUGAUAAAAAAGGACAAGAAGAUCAUCAUUUGGUGUGUUCGGGAUUAUGCUGAAUAUAUUACUCGAUGCAGGGGGGCCGCUAUUGAAGAUUUC